AUGUUGCAUAUUCUAGAGAAGGAGCACGGCUCCCGCUAUCUUCUUGAUGCUAACGGAGUCGAUCCAUUCACACAGAGGCCGUUUUCAGACAUGAUGAAGGAUGCACACUCAAGAAAGCACGAUUAUUAUCUUGCAAGGGUACAGUGCAAAGGCACAGCAAACGAUGCAAAAGCACCAUACUAUUGCUAUGAUGCCAGGCAGCUUUGCAAGUAUGUCUUUGAAAUGGUCAUAUCCACGGAAGGAAGGCAGAUCAGAAUCAAAAACUUCCAGGAUCCUAUCAACAACGAGCAUAUCAACGAAAUCAGCUUCUUCCUGCUCAAGUACGACUCUGACACACCGCUACGUGCUGAGUAUGUGCGCGAUCACGAAAAGUUCCUCUGCAACAACAGCUUCCGCAGUAGGAUCUUCUACCAAAGUGGAGUUGCUGAAGAGCUGCCCGUCAACUUUCAGUUCACCCCAAAGGAAAUACCCAUCAUCAACAAACGAAGAUUCCUCUCCAUCCUCAUAAUGGUUGUUAUUCUUCUUGUGGUGGCAACAUUGCUCUUUGUGUUCACUGAGAAGGGUAGCGUGAAGCCUUAUCCAUUGCACCACUCCAUCAACGGAAAGCAUCGCAUCUAA